AUGACCACCGGCGCUGUAAACACUGCGGCCACACCGGCGACUCCUGAUAACGGUAGCGGGCUCCGUGCUGCUCCUCCCCCGCUCCGGGGAUUGCCGAAACACGUUCAGACCAAAGUAGAGCAGAUCCUGCAAGAUGUUCAGCGUUUCUCUGACAAUGACAAGCUGUACCUGUACCUGCAGCUGCCCUCUGGACCGAGUUCUGGAGACAAAAGCGGCAGCGAUUCAAGUUCAUUUAACACGGCCGACCAGCUCCACACCUGUAACUGGAUCCGCAGUCACCUGGAGGAGCAUUCAGACACCUGCCUGCCCAAACAGGACGUCUACGAGACCUACAAGAGGUACUGUGAGAACCUGCAGCAGCGUCCUCUGAGCGCCGCCAACUUUGGGAAGAUCAUCAGAGACAUUUUUCCCAACAUCAAAGCGCGACGGCUCGGCGGCCGAGGACAGUCCAAGUACUGUUACAGCGGCAUCAGGAGGAAGACGGUCCUCAACAUGCCUCUGCUGCCCAACCUGGACCUGAAGAAUGACCCGGUACUCAAAGUGCAGUCCUCCUGUGUACUGCAGUCCUCCUGAGUACUGCAGUACUCCUGUGUACUGCAGUCCUCCUGUGUACUGCAGUCCUCCUGUGUACUGCAGUCCUCCUGUGUACUGCAGUCCUCCUGAGUACUGCAGUACUCCUGUGUACUGCAGUCCUCCUGUGUACUGCAGUCCUCCUGUGCAGGCGGUCCAGCUAAAACCCACAAAGUCAUCAAGAAGACUCCUUUGGCGUCCAGAGCUGAUGGUGAUGGCGCUCCUGAUCAGAAGAAGGAUCUCGGAGACUCUUUCUCCUCUUCCUCGCUGAAAUCGCAAUCAGGAGACAAAUCGGCUUCGUCUGGAAAACCUUCCUCCCUGGAUGCUUCGCCGCCCUCCAGCUCUUCCUCGUCUCUACGUCCUGCGGUUGAAGCAUUCAUCAAGCAGUUACCCAGAAUCCUCCCUCGCAGCUCCAUCCCAGACAAGACGCUCACCGUCCGCUCCUCUCCACCCUCACUGGCUCCCAAAGACGCUUCUGGUGUAGGGGAGGUGUCUGGACAUGGAGGCCCCACCGCCACCGCCGCCACGAGUGGUGGCGGGGUGAAGGUGAUCGCGAUGGCAACGCUGCCGCAGCAGCAGGGCGGCCCCAUUCCUGUGAUGAUUCUGCCUCAGAGCUGUCUGUCCUACGAAAGGGAGAAGGUCGCCCCGCCCCCUCAGCAGCAUGCCCCCUCAGCCCCCACCUCUGUGGUCCAGAAGGUUCGAGGUGGAGCAGCCAAGCGUCCCCUGGAGGUGGUGGUGUCCAGUGGCAGCGCCAUCGGUAGUAGCACUCCCACCAACACGACGCCCGUGAAACGGAAACGAGGACGACCGAGAAAACCUCGCCCCGAGGACUCCCUGCCAGCCCCGCCCACUACUCUUGCUCCUCCACCCCUACCACCUGCGCCACCCCCUCCUCCUUCCAUCAUCAGCUCUGUGACGGGUGGCGUCAUCCAGAAAGCCUCGUCUUCGUCGGCCUCCUCGCAGCCCGUGCUGGAGCUGGUGAUCCAGGAGCCGCCCGGCAUGGUUCUGGGAGCGCUGCCGGCGGUGGAGCACCGUGGCGUGGUGGUGCAGUGCCCUCCGGAGGUGGACCGCCACAGCAAGCCGCUGCUGCUGCUGCAGAGCCCGGGAAACCAGGGCUGGGAGUUGGCGCCGUCAGGGCGCACCCAGAUGGUGGAAGUCAUCCAGAAAGCUCCACGACCGAGCAACAACAACAGCGCCACCACGCCGCCCACCGCACACCUGCCGCCUGCCCUCCCACUGCCCACGCUGCACGAGGAGCAAGGCGAGGUGGAGAUCACGCUGACGCCGGUGCAGCCGCACGUCAGCCUGCCGCCACCACCUCCUCCCUCCACCUCCUCUGCUGGCUCCGCCUCUCCCGCCACAGUGAUGAAGAAUGUGGAAGAGGACGCCGAGGGCAGCACAUCCUCACAGAGGGAGGGGCACUAACCCUGUUACCUCACUCGCUACAAAGCCUCGCCGUCUGACGUCUUCUCAUUGGUGGAGAUCCCAGAUCGUCACAGCCAGUCAGGGGCACACAUGAACACUCACAUCUCGCGGCCGCACUUCCUCCGAACAUUUGUUGGUCUGCUGCUUCGCUUCACCUUAAACGUGCAGAGGAGGAGGCGGGGUUUGGUACUUACGGGUCAGAGCCUUGUAAAGGUUCUGUGUGUUAAACCUGAGAAACCACCUCCUAAUGCGCUCAGCCUCUGCUCCCCUGUAGGCCUCCAGGAGGCGCUGUUGGGGGAGCACAGGCUCCGCCCCCCUGUUCUGAACAGCCUUGUGUUUUUAUCGUGUUGGUUUGUGAUUUUUUUAAAUGUGCUUGAGAGAAAAACAAGUUCCCCCCAAAAAGAAGCCGUUUGAUCCAAACGUUUGAAUGCGACUUUAUUUAUUCGUUCAGCUUGUUUGAUUACAUUUAAAUUAUUAAUCGUCCGUCACCGACUCUAAAAGUGCUCGUCAGGGCCAGACGACUCACAGCAAACCUGCUUCCAUCUGUUCUCUGUCAAUUAGCACGUUUGUUUAACUAGAAAGUGCUUUUUGUGAACUGUGAAACCUUCACCACCUGCCGACUUCAGCAGGUUAUUCAUGGUGAAGAUGCCCCUCCUCCGGCAGCCACGUGGUUGUUUUCAUGCUAACGACGUGGCUGUAGACCCCCCUGCUGCAGAGCGCAGCAGCGGCACGAUAUCUGGCCCUUACGGAUCGAACGGUUGGUUUGAAGCUUGAGCUCAGGCACAAGGAGCAAAGCACAAGUCGCCCUCCACCAACGCUCACGUGCAGUACGACGAAUUUACCCACUUAGAGCCCGUAGGACGCCACGCACCCUUUGCACUAACCAGCUCCCUGCGAGCGCCACCGCAGCUCUGUCCUGAUCAGCAGUGUGACACGACCACGUCGAGACGCUGAUGUUGAUAAUAAAUAAAAUAACCCAAAACAAAGGUUUCGGCCACAGGAAGUGCCCUAAACUUGUAGCAGGAAGUGGUUCCUGCUCUUCUUCUGUGGUUCCUUCAGGAGGACUCUGGAAGUGUCACAUUGCUGAGUGUUGUUCUUCACUUCUGUCAGACGGCGUCUCGCUCCCCGCGGGCGUCGUCUUCAUCAUUGGUGCUACAAACCCGCAAGGCUCGGCACUGCCGCCGUCCUCGCCAUCUUCAUCCUGUGAUCUCAGACUUGUAAAAACCCUGUUUGUCAGUACUCGCGUCUGGAGGUGUGAAUGUGGCGUGUUCACGUGUGUGUCCUCACUUCCCUCUGUCCUCUGAGAGCUGUGGGUCAGUUAACGGGACGUCGAAAAUCCUGACUGUUAAUUCACACGUGUUGCAUGAUGGGAAGGUGCACACGGCAGCACUGCACUAAGCGCCAGCAUGUAAAUAUGACUGCAUGGUGUAAACUCGGCCGACUGGCACGUCUCGGCGUCCUGUUAACUGCCGCGGCCCCGACUGACUCCUGCACUGUGUACAGAGUCCGUGUGUGUUACCAGUUUGUUGUUAUUCAGAGACUACGUCACAGCUAUUUAUGACUAACGUCUGUGGUUGCACCUGACGAGAGGCCGACCGCACUACGGCCGCUUCAGUUUAAGUGUUGAUCAGUAUAAAGAGGAAAAUACGAGUGAGAGCUGAAGUAAUCGCACAGAGUCGUUACAUCUCACGGUUUGUAGAAGUCUCUCUAAAGGCCUCAGUUUACUUCAGACGAAGUUUGUACGAUAAACUGCGUCUGACGGCCGCCACAGGCGAGUCACCUGACCUGGACUGUGGUUACAGCAGUCCUUCCAGUCGCAUCACGUUUGUCAGAGAGAACUGAUGCUGAGUUACUCCGGGAGCGUCUGACUCUGGAGGGUUUUCUGACGAAACGUUGGACCUCUCGGGACCUGUUUAUGCUGAUCUGGGACCUCAAUGGGGAUUUUAUCAGGACUGAGAAGGCUUGCUGGUCCUGAACUGGUCCCUGUUGCUUUAAGGCUUCCUUUGAGGUGGACUGAGGCCGAGAUGCUUCCAGAAAGAAAAACAAAAAACCCUCUGUGGGCAAAGUUGCUGCUGAGUUGACCCACGAGUCGCUCUGCUGCCAGUCACCGUUGACUCUGUCCUCAUCACUUUAUUGCAGACCUGAUGUUAAAUGUUGCUUUUGGGAAUCAAAAAGUUCUGACUGAAACCCAAAGAGAUUGUUCCCUGUGCAGGAGCUGCUGGGUUAACUGGGCAAACUGGGAAACCUGACAAAGAUGCAAAAAGAGCUGAAGUUGGGACUAACAGCGCGAGUAACUGAGCAGAGCUGACGUGUGAUUCAGAACGCGAGUCUAAGAGUCGGUUUCCAAAGGCGUUCAGAUAAACGGUGAUUGUGAGAGAGCCAAUCAGGGGGAGAGAAAGUCGAGGGGUAAAGAGGCGGACCUGAGCUGCUUCACACCUGCUCUCCAAACGACCAGGUGUGAAGCAGCACGACGAAGCCACGAACCCCAGAAGCUUUGGUUCCUCUGAAUAAGUGGACCUGCUUCAUCUUUGAUGAUCCCUGAAGGGCUGACACCCAGAAGAACUGCAGGGUGGCCCAGUUAAAAGCAGCUAUGGCCCAGUUUGGCCCAGUCUGCACUGGGAGCCCGGGUUUGCAGCUGUCUGUGGGGGGUGUUCACUGUGGAGCCGCAGUGCUCUAAACUAAACCAGAAACGGGUCAGAUAAUCAAAGAUUAAACGAUCGGGAUCCGGGUAGCAGGGCGUCAACUCCGAGGGGCCAGACUGACGGCGCCUUCUGAUGUCACUUCCUGUCUUGUUUGUAUGUGCUGUACAUGUGUAGAGCGAGGCACAGCCCUCUGAGAUGUGAACAGCUGAUUAUCACUGACCCUCGCCGGGUCAGAGACCUUCACUGACAAAACGUGACGAGAUGACGAGGCACUGUUGGGAGCGACCCUGGCGUGGGGGCCGGGUUUUUGUCUGUAGCUGUGACCAGCGGCGUUGGCGUUUCCUGUUGUUUUCCUGCCUCGUGCUUUGUCGGUUGUUGAGCUUGUUGAUGUGCAGAUUUUCUUCUUCCUGGUGUUGCCGUGAGAAACGCCAUCAGUUUUCUGCAUGUGUUCCCGUGGCUGCUGGUCUCUCUUUUGGAUGUUUGUUUCUCCGUAACUCCGCCCCCUCUCCUUUCUGUUGCUUUUUUGUUUUGCACUUUACUUCGGGAGCGGUGGAGGAUGAACCUGCUGCUCAGCAGGCGGUGUGACGCAGCUUCGCCUGUGUUUGUUGUGACGAGAAAGUGAAGCGUGAUGAGGACAGAAGCCAGAACUUUAAUGUGAAUCUAUUUUCCUACGUGACGCAAUAAAGACGUGACGUUAACUUA